UCAAAGCGCUAAAUUUAAAAAUCUGAAAUCUGAUCACCCUAACAAAUACUUGUAGCUUCAGUUUCCACUCAAACCACGUAUGCUUUUGUUUACUUUUGUCUUGUUUAUUUGUUGUUAGCUUUUGUGGAACUACACUCGUUUCGAGUUGCUCCAGUUUAAGUGAUCGUUCGAACUAAACUCGUUCAUCGGCACAAGCAUCGGCACAAGCUAGCAGUGAAGAAUUUUCGGUUAUUGUCACACGUAAAAUGACUUCGGUCAAGUUUGUGCGUAAAAACGAGAAGUAUCGCACAAUAGAUACUAACUAAAAGGCUAAAAUAUCUCAUUAUAUGACAAGUGAUAUGCAUAGCAUUAAUGAAAUGAGAGACACGCAAAUUAAAGCUGCAGUUGAUUAACUAACCGUAAACUGACGACCGCAGGGUAAAAAGUCAAGUUCAGUGAAAUCAUCAAACCCAUCUCAACACAAUCGACAACUCGGUGAGCCGGCUAUAGCAGACAAACGCGCAGACGCAAUGAAAUUGGCGAAAUUCUUGUUUUACCAGCGCUUAAUGAAUUGGCCAAUUCGCGAAUCGGCACAAUGUCAUAUUUGAAUAUUGAAAUAUUGAAAAGUCGACACCACAAUGGAUUGAAAGGCGGCUACGAUGAAUUAUGACAAAGGCAUUUUGAUUUAUGUAUUGUUGAGGCGACAAGUGGUUAAAACAAAAAGCAGUCAAAACAGUGAUACUUGCAAUAAGACUGAGCGCUUGGAAAUUCGUACCGCAUGCUGUUGGUGUUGCCCACCGCCCACCCUUCUCGCGGUACUGCAUUAUGCAUUGCGACUCAUUUAUGGAUGUGACCGAAUGUUAUGCGAAUAGCUUGGCUGCAGAAAGCACCGUUAAAUAUGCAAAGAUUAGCGCACAAUAACAAAAAGUCAUCAGUCAGUUAAUCGGAGGGGUAAAGCACAGAGGAGGCGUGGUCGGUUUUCGAAGUGUGAUUAUGAAAAAUAUUAAAGACAACAUGUUUGCACAUGCGCAGAUACAUAUGAUUAUAUGCUAGGUCAAUAUGAAUGAUGCGAUGUGCAGAUGUGCAUAUGUAUGUUAUUUAACUCAUGACAAGUUAAGCUCAAGCGCUUACGGCUUAUUACCACUCAUAAUUAAGCUACAAUUAAUCAGAAAGCAAAUCAAAAAACUGAUAAAUGUUUUUUUUUUGUUUUUGUUUUUGAACAUUAAAAAAAGUAGUUAUUAACUAUUUGGGCGUUUCAGUAUAUAUUAUUUGAAAUAAAAAAAUUUUAGAUUGCGUUUUAUGCGGUGAAUGCCGCAAAGCCGUUAGACAAAUUGCAAUGAGGAACCAGUAACACAUCUGCGUAAUCAUAGUGGCUAUAAAAAGCACAAUCAGCUGUAGCAAAGGCAUCAGUCAAACAGUGAACAACCAACAGCAAGUGGUUUUGUGUUGAUACUAAACUAAACAAACAAUAAGUCAGAAAAUGCGUCUAUUUUUGGUACUUUGCUGCGCUUUAGUUGCAAUCGUUAAUGGCAAACCACAAGGAUACAAUUAUGGCGCUGGCGUCUCGGGCGGUAACGCACAGGGUGGCACUUACCAUAGCGGCAGGAGUUUUGGCGGCGGUCUGAGCGGACUCGGUGCCAGUGGUAGUGGUCUCGGCGGCUUUGGCAGCGCCACAAACAACGGUCCAAGCUUCAGUGGUUUCGGCAGCGGUGGCAGUCAGAGCGCUGGUGGGUUCGGCAGUGGUAUCGGUGGCGGCAGCUUCGGUGUCGGCUCCGGUGGUUUCGGCAGCGGCGUUGGGGGCAGUUUCAACGCUGGUACUGGUGGAUUUGGUGGUUUCAGUGGACAACAACAAACUGGUAUCUUUGAAGCACCACUUGUGCAUAAGCAAUUCAUUACCGUUUCUGCGCCUGAAGAUCAUGAAACACUCGAGAAAACUAAACAUUUCGUUAUUGGACGCCCACAAAAGAACUACCGUGUGGUCUUCAUUAAGGCGCCAUCUUCCAGCUCGGCUAAUGUCAAACUCUCAGCUGAAUAUGCACCACAAGAAGAGAAGACCGUCAUUUAUGUGUUGUCCAAGAAGGACUCGUCACUCGAAGUCAAUGACAUUGCCACACCAGCACCAACUGUGCCCGCCAAGCCAGAUGUAUUCUUUAUUAAAUACAAAACCGAGGAGGAAGCACAUCACGCACAACAACAAAUUCAAGCCGAAUACGACAGAAUCGAAGGCACAUCUGAACACACCGAUGGCGGCAUUGGUCAACAACAAUCGGUGGUUGGCAUUCUGGAUGGUGGUGCUGGACAAGCUGGUGGUAAUGGCGCUGGUAUUGGUGGCGGUGUUGGUGGUAGCUAUGGCUCUGGCAGCGUUGCUGGCAUUGGAGGCAUUAGUGGCGGUGGUGUUGUUGGCGCUUCUAGUUCUAACUUUGCUGUUAGCCAAAGCAAUUCCAGUGGUGCUAAAUCAUCCACCUAUUUGCCACCUGCCAAAGCAGUGUAAAAAUUGAAUAUUUAGCAUUUUUCAAUUAUAAUGUUUGUUAUGUCGAUCUUUAUUUUAUUAAACGCAAUACCUCAGAAGCAAUUUAAAUCACUGCUCUAUAAAGAAGUUUAGAGUGUUCACUGUAAAAAACAGCGAAGGAAUACUUUUUAUAUGAAAUUUUUGAAUAAAAACCGAAAAUCAAA